UCAACGCUUACGCUUCUAUUCUAUGAUCAAUUUUAUUCGCUUCGUAAUUUAUUUUGUGGUUGAAAUAGAAUUCAAAAACUUUUAGCAUUGUUACAUUUAUCCUCUUCGUGUAUAAGCACAGCGUGUUCUUCGAAACAAGGAUAUAAAACAUGAUACCAACGCACAUACUGUCAAGAAUAUGUCGAACACAUCAUUUACUCAGAAGAUUCAACCACGCCAAAACAUCCACAGGGGACGAAAAGCAAGAAAGAGAUUUCAAAAGCCUUUUCGAAAAACAUAAAGACAAAAUCACGUUCAACUCCUACUUGGAACAAGACAAGUUAGAAAUGGGAUACUUUAGGUAUUAUAUAAGGAAUGUUAAGAAGGCAAAAGAAAAACAAGAUCAAGAAUAUCAGCAAAAGAGUCUACCGCCCCUGCCUGUUGCUUUAAAGUAUUUUGUCAAAGAGGAACAAUUGUUGAAGAACGAUGAAAAUGUAAUCACAGAAGAACCAGAAAAAGCUUUUCAGUUGCCUUUUGCUAAUACUGCAAAAAUCGAUAAAGCUAUUGCAAAAGAAUCCAACGAAAUUGAUGGUGAAGAAAAAGCUGACGUUAAUAAAUGGAUGACGAAUUAUGAGUACUUUGACGAUAGUCAACUCGAAGAAGAUACUAUAGAUAAUCAGUGGAGCCAUAACUAUGGAACUCCUGAUCCUAACGCGAGGGUUAGUAUGACUCAAUGCGGAGGCUGCGGCGCUUUACUACAUUGCAAUGAUCCGGCUAUACCAGGAUACUUACCAAGUGAAAUCUUCAAGCAAAGAAAAGACACUGAGCUUAAGACUUUGGAAUGCCAGCGUUGUCAUUUUCUUAAAGAAUACAAUAUUGCACUAGACGUGACUGUAGAACCAGAAGAAUACGAAAAAUUAUUGGAAUCUAUCAGACACAGGAAAUCUUUAGUGGUGCUCAUGGUAGACUUGCUCGAUUUUCCAUGCUCGAUAUGGCCUGGUAUUGUUGAUAUUAUAGGUACCGACCGUCCGAUUAUUAUAGUGGGAAACAAAGUUGAUUUAAUACCGGCCGAUAGCGUAGGUUACUUGCAAAGGAUCAAGGACUCUUUAAUGCAAGAAAUAAGCAAGACUAAACUAGGCGAGGCUAAUAUAAAGUAUGUGUCUCUCAUUUCAGCUAAAACAGGAUACGGUGUUGAAGAUUUAAUAUCAGCCAUGUUCAAAACAUGGCUUUAUAAAGGCGACGUAUUUUUAGUUGGAUGCACAAAUGUUGGGAAAAGUUCACUGUUCAAUGCUUUACUACAAUCAGACUACUGUAAAGUUCAUGCAGUAGAUAUAAUCAAAAGAGCUACUGUUAGCAGAUGGCCCGGGACGACCUUGAAUCUGCUUAAAUUCCCUAUUAACAGACCGUCUGGGUGGAAAAUGUAUGAGCGAGCGAAUCGGUUAAGAUCGCAGUCCAAACUCAUGAAGAUAGAAAAGGAGAUAAGAAAGGCACAGUUGGAGGAGCAGACGAUACGCGAGAUGCCAUCUUUGAUCGGCCAUAUUGGUAGAACGUUUUCAGAUCCAUUGGACUUCGAAGACGGCGCAGAAGAAAGUAUAGCUGAUAAAAAGCGAAGGAUGAUGGUUUUAGACGAGAAAGACAAAUUAUUCGUCAACAGCAGAUGGUUUUAUGAUACACCAGGAGUAGUACACCCAGAUCAAGCACUCUCGCUCCUAACUACAGAAGAGUUAUUGGCCACCAUACCUAAAAGAUUGAUAAGACCGCAGACUUAUUAUUUGCACAAAGGUUCCACUAUUUUCGUGGCCGGACUUGCGAAAUUGGACCUCACAGAUUGCGAGAACCCGUGUCGCUUUACAAUCUUCUGUUCAGAACAACUGCCUAUCACUGUUACGAAAACUGAAGACGCUGACGAGGUGUAUAAUACGUUUUUGGGUACGGAGUUACUCGCGGUACCAUCUGGAGGGACUGAAAGAUUAAAUAAUUGGCCAAACAUGGAGAGAAAAGUUCUAGAGUUUACAGGAGAAGGUCCUAAAAUGUGUUGUGGUGAUAUAGUAUUAUCGUCCAUAGCCUGGGUGUCUGUAAUUGCAAAAAAGGGUGACACAUGCCUAGCAACGGCAUGGACACCUGAAGGCAAAGGUAUAUAUAGGCGAUAUCCUUCAUUACUGCCAUACUCAAUAAACCUGAAAGGUAAAAGAUUGAGAGAUACGCCGGCAUACAUGAUAGGGAAAAUAUAUUCAGAUAAAGAUGAUGUAUAAAAUGGCUAGAUUUAUUAAAUUUGAAAGGUGAAGAAAUCGAAAUCUAAUGACAAACAUGUACUUUUACUCAUGAACAAUAAAAUUGUGAGUAAUGGUAGUAUACCAAAAAGGUAAUUAAUGUAAUUAUUUGUAAAGAAUAAGAGCUGUUGUCAAAUAAAUAAAUCAAAUGUU